AUGAAAACUGUUUCUGCCCGAGGCCGAUCAUUCGCAGCACAGCAACCGGCCUUCCGCGAUGUCUUGAGUAACUCGUGGGACCCGCAGUCUAACCCUAAUGGCAUUGUCACUCUGGGGCUGGCUGAAAAUGCCCUCAUGCAUGAGGAAAUGCUAGACUUUGUCAAUUCCAAGAUUCAAAUCGACGCACAUACAUUGACAUACGGCGACGGAUUCAGCGAGUCGCAUCAGCUCAAGAAUGCCCUCUGCCGAUUCCUGAAUCGUUCCUUUUGCCCUUGGACAGCGCUCAGCACUUCUGACCUAGCUAUUACAUCGGGUGUUAGCAAUGCACUCGAGUGUUGCGCGUGGGCGUUGGCCGACCCAGGUGACUAUAUCCUCGUCGGACGGCCGUACUUCAACCCCUUCAAGUCCAUUUUUGGGACGCUACCGGGGUAUGAACAGUUGUUCUAG